AUGGUCUCCAGCAUCGUCCACCAUUUGUAUAUUUGGUUUCGGCCCAGUCUGGUAGCGAUCUUCUACCGCAAUAUACCAUGGGCCUUGCGCUGGCGGUUGCUAGUAUUUCAACCAGCUGCCCUCCUAACAUACUCCAUCGCCACGAUACCAUGUCUUUUGUAUCGCUCUUACACUGUCGAAUUUCUCAAUAUUGCGCCGGGUCGUUAUGUUCGAGCCUUGAUCUUUAAGGCUGCUGGUGUUGGGAAGGGGAGAGCUCUCAGGCCACUUCAUGUAAACUUUCACGCUGGCGCUUUCAUGGGUGGCUUGCCAGAGGGCCAUGCAUAUUUCGAUCAACUGGUAUCGGAGCAAACAGGUGCCGUUGUUAUUGAUAUUGACUAUCGUGUUGCGCCGGAACAUGUUUUCCCUGCGGCCAUUGACGAUGCUGAUGCAACGAUCAAGUGGCUACAAGAGAACGCUGAAGAACGCUGGGGCGCAGAUCCAACUUUAAUGACCACGAGUGGCUUUUCUGCCGGAGGAAACUUGGCUUUUGCAGUCAAUCAGCAAGAAAGCUGUCAGGCACCGUCCCCUACUGCUAUCAAGGCCAUCACAACUUUCUACGCUGUUAUUGACUUCCGUCUGAGUCCUUGGGAGAAACCGCAUCCAGACAACAUGCCCAAGAAUGACCCGGCAAAAGUUUUUUUGCCUCUUUUCGACGCAUAUGCAGCACCUGCGAGAGCAAAACACUUUGAAGAUCCAAGGUUGAGUCCUGUCCUUUCAGAAAAGGAAUCAUUGCCAGAGAGGAUUCUCCUGAUCGUUCCUGGUAUCGAUAUCCUCGUUGCAGAACAGACUGAGUUCGCAGAGAGAAUCAACAACGAGGACGGCGAGAGGGAAGUUCAGAGAGUAGAGAUCUUGCAUGAGAAAGAACUUUUCCAUGGAUACUUGGAAGUCCCUGAUAUCGUGGUUAAGCGGGAUGUCAAGCAUCGUGCCUACGAAAAGGCUAUUAAAGUUCUCAAGGAGACUCACAGAAAGUAUGAUUGGACCUGGAACGCUUGA